AUGGCAAUCCCGCCACCGGUUCCGGCUGCUCCAAGUCAACCGUCGACGUCAGUGCAGAAGAUUCUUGCCCCCGUGGAACACCCUGUGUCCACAACCUGUUCGUCCAACUUCGCCCAGUCGACCAAGACGGUACUGCUGCUAACCGUAGUGGUGCAGGUGUUUGAUAAGAAGAGUCAUCCCCAUCCAUGCCGCGUCCUGUUGGACAGCGGCUCCCAGGUGAAUUUCGUGACCGAAGACAUGGCCAAUCGCCUGGGCCUGCCGAAGAAGCCAGCCAGUGUUUCGAUCAUCGGUAUCAACGCGUUGCGCACCCUCGCUCGUGACAAAGUGACGCUGAAAUUCAAGUCCCGAGUAUCCAACUUCCAAGCCAGUCUCGAGUGCCUAGUGACGCCGAAAGUAACGGGCACAAUUCCAUCGUCGAAGAUCCACAUCAACAAUUGGAACAUCCCUGCUGGAGUGCUUCUUGCCGAUCCCGAGUUCCACCCACCUGAUAGGGUGGACCUGUUGAUCGGCGCAGAGCUGUUUUUUGAUAUACUGAAUCCAAGCCAACUCAACCUAGCGGACAACCUGCCACAGUUACGAGACACUCACCUUGGGUGGAUCGUAUCUGGUGUCAUCGUCGAGCCACAGAUUUCCAACGUAUCAAAUCAGCAUGCCAGCCACGUUUCUCUUGAAGACAUCGAGCGAAUGAUGUACAAGUUCUGGCAAAUCGAGGAAGUGCCGGACGUACCCAAGUUAUCAACCGAAGAGAUGGCAUGCGAAGCACACUUUCUGUCCACAUACCAGCGUUACGAGUCCGGAAGAUUUAUAGUGAGCUUGCCGUUCAAUGAAAAUUCUUCGCAGCUGGACGAUUGCAGUGCUUUAGCUCUGAAGAGGUUCCUGAUGCUGGAGAAACGACUGAUAAACAAUCCCGAACUACAAGCGCAGUACGUGGAGUUCGUUCAAGAGUACGAGGUUCUCGGACAUUGCCGUUAA